CCACAUUUACAAGCCCAGGACACAAACUGUCACAUUAAAUGGAGAAAGACUCUUUUAUACACAAAAAGCUGAUUUAUCAGUUAGCUCCUUACUGCAAAGUCACAGUCACUUUGAGUAAGUGUAUUGAUUCUCCUUUAACCCAACAGUACGGGGUCAAAGGCUAAGCGCACUCUCAUGCACAAGCCACAACUCUAGGUCCUGCAGUGAUUUACAUUAUGCUGACAGUUUCAAUGACGUGUUUUCAGCAUCUCCUGUCAGACAAACAGUAAAUCAUGUUUACAUACUUAACAGUGCUUGGUGACAUGUGGAGAUGCUGACCUUCAGAAAAGUGGAUUCCUUCGACUGUUGCUUAUGAAAAUUGCAUGUGCGUUAACAACCCCUGAUAUUCAGGUUAACCGCCUGCUGAGUUAAUGGGUUUUGCUUACAUGUGACUUAGCAAGAAUAACAGUUUGUGGUGUUUACUGAACAUACAGUAUUUAAUCGUUCUCCUUUAAAAUCAUGUUCAAACAGGCAUGAAACAUGGCAGGGAGUGGACUGGCAUGACAGAGAGGCUAAGCUCCAUGGGGCGUCUAUUUUUAAAAAUGCAGUCUGGCCAUGAUAUGUUUUAUUCAUAUGCGGCCUGGCAUCUCGAGGAGAGAGCAAGCAGGCUUAUUGGCCAAUUUCCUCCUCCAGGCAAAUCAACUUUUGUUGCUCAAGAGAAAAGAUAAGGAAAUCCUAUAGGCUACCCACUGCUGUGUAUAAGUACUUUUCUUUUUGCAUGGAGAAAACAAAAAAAAAGGUUAUAUGGGGCUUGGAAGAACAUCAUGAUACUUAAUCUCAUGCGGUCUAAGAGAAUACAGGCCAAGUAUAAAAUCAACACAUGAUGUUGUGCAAUAAAACGGCCUUUACUGUAAGCAGAUUUACUGCAGUUUUUUGGCCCAAUCACACAUUCUUUGCAAUGAGUUUUCAUUAUUAAUCUUAUAAAUCUGCUCCAAUUGUAUAAUUUUUUUUUUAUUGUGUUCACAUUCCUAUUAAAACCAGACAUGACCACAGAGACCUGGUGAUGAAAGCCAUUAAAUAUUAACCCUGCUUUCAAAAGUGACCUUUGCAGGCCAAACACGCCAUGCAGCCACAGUCAAGCUUGCUAUAUUCAAAUGACAAACCCCGUCUUCCACCAAACAGCGCUCUUGCUUUCUGUUUCCCUCUCUCUCCCGGCUGCACGAGCCAGGUUAUCUUUAGUGCACAUUGAAUAUUUAUACAGCAGGUGGCUGGGGAGUCGGUCACUGAUCUCUAAGGUGACUUGCUGAGCCUCUGUGGGGGGUGCUGGUGCACUGAUGGGGUUGGACUGGGAUGAAGUCACAUGGGACAUAUUGUCUCCUCAGUGUGUCCUUUUAUUCCACUUAGGCAAAGGAUUAUGUUUUAUCAUUGGAUGCCGAUGCUAUAACACAAGCUCUGAGGAGAGAAGUCAAUGAGCUGUUAAAGAGAGGCCGCUGAUGUCCAAAUAUCUCUUGAUGAGUUUCCAAAAAACCUCAAACUCUUAUCACUAAAAUCAGAAGCAGAGUCCUGAAAUUAAAGACACACUGUUUGUACAAACUGACUGUCAAAGCUGCACAGAAUAAACACAGCUUCAGAGAAAUUUCUUGUGACCAGACAGAAAAAUAUCCUGUGUUAAUGGAGCCACUGCAGGUCUAUGAAUGUCAACCUGAGUCUGACUCCAAGAGCGAAGAAAACUUUGAUAUGACACAUAUUAAAGAGUACACCUUUACAGCAGAAUGAGGGUCCUUGUCCACUUACAGGUGUUAAAGUACCAAUCAGCAUCUGUUUUUUUUUUUCAGGAACACCACUACAUUCCUUACUGUCACCUCUCUAUCAAUGACCAAACAAGAUAAAGAAGAGAAAAGACUUUUGGUAUUGACUUUUCAAACCUGGACCAAGUUUCCAUCAGCUGCUUAUCAGUUUCUGUGUUUUAGACCAACACAGGCAGGUGCCAUGUUGGAAAUGCUGUCUUAACUCAACUUUCACAUGGACGCUAGCAGAGAGGUGUUACUGAGGCAGGCUUAAAGCCUCCUGGGAAACAGGUGGAGGUCACUAUGAAGAGAAACUACUCCUGUUUAAGCUGAUACAGUGUCCCGGUCAGGAACAAGUGCUGGGCUCUGAUUGUUUAUUCCUAAUAGCUGUGAAACGUCAUCGUCUGUCGGGUUAGGGUUAGGAUUAGGAUAAGGGUUAGGGUCAGGAGAUUCAGAAGUGCGAUAAUGUUCUGUAAUGUUCUGUUCUAUGUACAGAGCCGACAGCCCGUGUUUGGCUUGAGCGUGUGAUGACGUUUCCAUCUUUUCUAGCCAAUCAGAGGCGAAGGAGGCGGGACCUUCCUCUGCUGUCCUCCAAAAAAAAUAUCACGUCCUGGUCUUGAGAUGCAAACACAGUUUCUCUAUGAAUAAAAGCAAAUAUGAAGAGUACUGAACAUUUUACAACUUAACAUUCACUAUGAAGAAAAGAAGAAAUGCACAGUAAGCGCUAUAAAAUAAGGUUGUGGGCACAGGCCCUUACACAUGGUCAUAGUACAGAUAACGGUUUUAGUUGAUUUGUUUUAGCAACGGGUGCUACUGUAUCACAGAGAAUAUAUUCAUGUCUAACAUAGGCUCUACUUGUAACAACAGAAAAAUUAUUCUUAUAGAUUUCAAGAACAGAUCGACAACAGUUCAAGGCUAAAGUCCUUUGGUUUGUUCUCCUGAAAUAAAAGAUUUAGGGGUAAAGGAUAGUCAGACUUUGUUUGUUUUGUGGGGGUUUGAUGUUCAGCUAAUCUGCUUGUGUUCUGAGAUUGAAUUCAGCCUCACAGUUCUGGUCAAUUAAAACUUAAUUAAAGAAAAUACAGUCCACUUGCCACGACAGCUUUUAAGAGUAUUUAAAGCUUUUUAUAGAGAUACCUUGAUGAGGAUGAUAUUUUCAGGCCUUGCUAUGGAAUAUAAAUUUCACAUUUUAAAGCCAGGCAAUGUCACAGCUCAUAUAUUAACUGCGUUCAUAAUUCGAGUGAGCAAAGUUUUUAAUGAGGCUGUGGCUGUCAGAGCGCAAAUUUCCAUCAGAGGUGAUUUCUUCUUAAAUGCAUUAGCAGCCAAUAAAAAGUAAUAACUCAGACUCGUACCUGAGAGUAAGCAGCAAACACAUAAUCUUCUGAUGCAGCUGUGAAUGUUUUGUGUUGCAUUCUCUAAACAGAAUUGCACCACAUCAGAAGUAAGCAACUGAAGUAAACUUUUUUGGACCACAGCUGCACAGUUUGUAAGAAAGUGUCCAAUAAUAAAUUAGCGUUUCUCGAGCAGCGUGGAGAAACUUUCUGGGCACUGGCAUUUCAUUGUUGUAGCCGCAAAGCUGUCCCCGAACUGAAUGUGUGAGAUAAGUGCUUUGGAGCACAAACAAACUGAAACAAAAGAACAUGAGGUGGAGAUUGGUUCAGUAAGUAAGAGAGGGGGAGGAAGCACUUCUGGCGUCCAAGGGCAUCAUAAACCCCGGCAUGUGUCUGCACAACAAUGCCAACAGGGGCGCAAAUUCUCCACACACAGGAAAUCGAUUUCACACACAGAGAGGAGGACUUGGAGAGAGGCGUAUCAGAGAGACACUGAAAUACUGCCUCUUCUGUUAUUGGAUUUGGAGCCCAGUUUUUCUGAUUUUUUCUUCUUUUCUGUGCGCAGCAUCUGCAGGCUGGGGGAUCCAGUCAAGUGAGGCUUCCAAGAGGCAGACUGAGAACCUGUGGCAGAGGAAAAGAGAGGAGAGAAGAAAAGAGAUUGUUCUGGGGUUUACUUCAGAAUCAAAUUCAUAAGUGUUUGAAAAUGAUAACACAAAACUUUAUUUGGUACAGCCUAAAAUAAUGUUCACAAACUUCAUAAUCUCCAAGCUUUUAUAUUACACUUAUAGGACAAGUAUGAAAUAUGAAUAAGACUUGUCGUUAUAUACUGUGUUGUAGAAAAGAUUAAAAAGCUGUGAACUAGUGUGAGAUGAGCCAAAUUUAUCUGUAUAUAGAACAUAUACUGUAGCCCAUUAUUUCCUGUGAAAACAAGUGGAGACAUACUGUGAGGGCAGGAAAGAGCAGCAUACAGCUCAUAAAUAUCUGAGACCAGAAAGAGCAGUGAAAUGGACUCAAAGAUAGUAGCUUUUUGUAUGUUUUCUCAUAUUUCUGAAUAAGGAUCAAAGCUUUAUAUAAGCAGUCUUUUAUGGCUUUUCAACAGACUGUAGACACGCUUCCUUAUUUUGCCUGACAACCUUUUAGUGAUUGAUUUUGAGGUGCAUCUAGCACAUUAAAGAUCAGUGAAAGACCUGUCAGAAUAUGACAGCAAUGUCAGUGAUACCCAAGGCCACUUUUAGGUCAAAAGACACUGAGCACAUACUGAAGCCAUUUUAGAGGGAUUGUGGUACAACCAAGAUCUUAACAAGAUUGAAAAUGCUAUUAAAAAAUUAAGUAACGUCCUGUAAAGUAAAAACAGUUUUGAUGUUUGUUAUAAGAUGAAGUAUGCAAAGAAUUUAUCACACAAAAAUAAAAGCUGGUGAUGAGGAGGAAUGUAUUUACCAGCAAUGCUGCAAGAUACUGUAUAAGCACAAGCAAACAUCCUUUCAUACAGGUUCAGUCUGCGGUGAGAUGAAGUGGUAAUAUAACACUCAUCAGUAUUCUGCACAAACAAGCUUAAAGGGACUCUGAGUGGCUCGUGACAAUGCCUCAAGAGUCCUUCUCAUCGAGAGAUCCAAACAAUGUGUGCUCGUGUGAUGUUUGUAGUUUCACAAGACACUAGUCUCCAAGAUGCUCUAAGAAAUCCUUCUACCCAAAUUAUUUUGGGUGUGUCUGACAUCAGAUACAGUCCUAUAUAUGUUACUAACUCUGGCUUGAUGACACAGUGAAUGUGACCUCUUUUAAGACAACAUAUUUUAAUCAGGUUUUUAUUGUUCUUUUGUAGACUAUUUAUUCUGAGUAUAACUUAAUUUUUAAUCUAGACCUUGAGUUUGCAACAAUAAUUUGAACUGAGAUGAGUAGUGUAAUAUAAAGGUAAACUAUAAUAAGAAAUCAUUGUCAUUCUAACUACAAGCUACUGAAAAUGUAUGAGGUAUAAAUGCAGCAGUAAUUGCAGAGAUGCCUGAGAUGGUUUCGGUUCCGUUGGUGUUUGUGUUUUGAGGAACUUGUUGUCAUGAAAGCUGUGACUGUUGGCUCCACACUGCUGACUGCAGCCAAGUCUCUCCUUGAUAUAAUUGCAUUCAAAGCAUGUGAUAGUAGUGACACGCCCCCUAGUGUUUAAUGCGUGUCAGCCUCCUGGAGUUUAAUAACCUUGCUCUGCGUCCGGGAGCAUCUCUGAAGGAAUGUGGAUGCAGAUUUGGAUGUACUCCUCCUCCUCAUCCUCUUCUUCCUCUUCCUCCUCUUGUUGCUAAUUGUUGCUGCAGCCCCAGGGGGGUCUCUCGCAUGUUGAUCAGGGCUCACCCCGCACUCUUCUUAUCUCUGUCCGCUCGGACCCGCAAUGACAAGUACCGAGGGUGUAAAGGAGAGUGAAGACCAGCCCUGCGUCAGGCUGGAGCCCGGGAAGAGCACGCACUUGCCGGGCAAAGGGACGCCGAAAGGUGGCAGCUGUGCGGGCUUCACGGACAGCAGCCCUAAAGUGACGGCCAACGGGGUGCACGACAUCGAGGACCGGAUUCUGAGGAUCACCGGCUACUACGGCUACAACCCGGGCUACUCCAGCCACAGAAGUGAGUCAAAACAAAAACUGUCGGAUCUUGAGAUGCAACAAUUUCAUGCCUUUUUAGCAGGUGAGACGCUUAUGAGAUUGUUUUGAUGGGGGGAAAUGGGUGAAAAUGAUAAUUGACUGCACACACAAAGAAAAACGCAGUGCCAGUGGUGAGUGAAAGAAGAGACAAUGCAUGCAUCAAAUGUCAUUGCAAAUUAGUUUUCAUUUUAAUUAGGCUAUUGCAAAAUCUAAUCAUGCAAACUCAGCUAAACAGUUUUCAAUUCAGGCUAUUAUAAAGAAGCAUGGUGUCAAUCAAUGCUAAUAUCAUCUGGAGGCAGUGUGAUGUGCUGGACCUUCUAUUCAUCUGUAGGACACAACACGACAGAGAGAGAGAGAGUCAUGGGGGGUUGGGUUGUGGGGGGGUCUGACACCAUCAGGUUUUGUAAUUGCACAGCAAAGUGUCAUGGUGCAAAUGAUGCCUCCGUUUUCUAACUCACAUCCAAAGUAAACUGUUUACACUGCCACUAAAUGUUGCCCAUGUUGGUGAACUCUGCAAACAAUCACUUGUAUGUUGGCAUCAUAUUGAAUUCCAAAUGUUUAAUUACCACAAUCAAUUACCCCCAAAUGGCAAACACAGCAGCUCUUCCUGUGAUGCAUGUGAAUAUUGCCCACUAUCUCCAGAAUCCAGCAGCGCUUCUUCAAUAGUCCUCUAUAAUUUUCAUUUGUCACCGUGGGUUUGAUUUGUAGAGCAAUAUAGAGUUUUGCUGACACAGAAACAAUUGCUGGGAUUGGAGGGGAGAGCUGAUAAUGCACUUUGCUCAGAGGGUUGAUCUUAAAAAUCUGGCCCUCCAGUUAUGUAAAAGUGUUGUCAGUGGGAUUAUAGCAGCAGAAAAGGAACAGCCAUUGUUAGACUCCGCACGCAGCCCAAUUAGAGUGUUUUUACAAACUGCUGUAUGGUAAUGAAGGAAGGUGAGUAGAGCAGGUUGCACAAGGUUUGUAGUCAAAGAUUUCCUAUGAAAGGUAGUGAGAAGCUCGUGCUUUCUUGAACAAAUCCUCAGAAAAGUGAUUCAUCGUGUACUUGAGAGAGUUUGGAUGCUGAUGCACUUCAUCCUAAAUGAAUCAGACUUGUCACGUAAGCUCCCAUGCUUUUCCCUCUGGCUCUUACGUAAAAGCUAAACUACAAAUUCAUGACAUCUAAAGGAGAGAUGCUCCUCAAAUGUGAUGACGUUGUUCUAAAAGAAAAAAAAUCUACUACUUUUUCCCGGGUCAUGAAGUAUUACUGUGACAAACUCGCUUCAAGUCUCAGAGGAAAUGUGUGUGUAUGCAGAUUUACACUCCGACACACUCGGUUUAGAUGAGCUGAGAGCACCUCCAUGGGUUUUUUUAGAAAGAGGCAGAGAAAAGGAAAUGAGUCUGUCUCACAGUAAGUAGCUCGUGUUUAUCAGGGAUGUCAGCCGCAGUCGAUUAACCAUGAAUGUAAUCGCACGAUUUUCACUUGAGAAUACAUCUACAUGUCCAGAUUAAUCCACUGUUUGAAAAUCUUAUUAACAACAGACACCCAGAACUUUAAAUUGAACUAACACUGAAUAACUAAACAGCUGAAGGGCCUCUAAAAAAAAAAAAGGGUGAAUCGUGCAAGAAAUAGAAGAUUCCUUGGCUCUGGUACAAAAUUGGAUUUUCAUGUGUUCAGAUGUGCUUUACACAUGUCCUUAUCUAGAGGAAGUAGGUAAGUAGGGAUCGUGUACAGUGCUAAGCCACUAAGACCUCUUAUGUAGGUAUCAAGGAUGCACUAAUAAUAUAUAUACUUCCCCUGUUGAUGGAUACAACCUGUCUGCAAAUGAUUUGGCACAUUGAUUGCAUUAACCAAUGAUGCUGGGUAUUUCCCAUGAUAGGAUACGCAUUAUGUCACAGAAGCCAUUAGACAAUACAGAACACUACACACAUUGAUUUUGGAUAAUGACCAAUGUCCUGCAGGGAAUUUACUGUUGUUCAGUAUUGUUGUUAGUAAAGACUUGUUUUUAAAGAUCCAACAAGAGGUUCUCAGUGUAAACUAAGAUACUCGAUGUAUAAUCACUAAGCUUUCAUCAAAUGAAAACGGAUUAUAUUAAAUUGUUAUCAAGAUGGUAUCCUCUCAUGUAGAUGGAGGUUUGUUGUGUUGCUGCAGCAUUUUACUCUGUUUUAGCUGCAUGACUCAUGAAUGACUCCCCGCUUCCUGUGUUUGCAAAAGCCCAAAUGCCCCCAUCGCUUCACUUUUUUUUGCAUUUUCGCUGGCUGAGGUUAGAGUUCCUUCUUCAUGCUUGUUCUUUUUGAUUUGUUAUGUCAAUAGCAUCAUGUGCUUUGGCCUUCACUGGCUUUAUUUUGGAGGAUGUGCCCUCCUUGUGUGCACCUUACAUAUACAAGCACUACACUUUUGAACACAGCCCUGGUAGUUGAUCUAUUACAUCACACCUAUCCAGUGAUGGCAAAGUAAGCCUGAUGUUAUUGCCCACAAAAAUGACUUCCCAUUAGUUUAGUGAUAAUUCAUUAUCUGAAGUUUAUUUUACUGCUUUUAAACACUUAUUUUUAUGCAUUUCAUUACUCCUGGAUCAGACCAGGUAGUUCUAAAACAGACUAGAACUGACAGCGACUGGUGCCUCUGCUUCUGAGUUUGUGAUUGAUUAGUAUCAAAGAGGCUUUUGAAGCUGUUAUUUUAUUCAAGAGGCUGGUUUUCAUCUUUGUACAAUUUGAUUUGCACUUACUCAAACAGAACAUAACCAUGCUUGCUAAUGUGUUUUUAAGGAAGAUAAAUUUGGGACCCAGGCCCAGAAAAUGGAAUUAAUAUUAAUAAAAGUGAGCAAAGAGCAAAAACAUCAGAUAAGAAAAAACAGCUGCAUCGGGACCAGCUGUUGGCUUAAUUGUCGUUGUUUAUCAUUCAAUUGGAAUCGAACCAAGCUCUUAAUUUGCUGCAGAUAUUAGCAGCCAUAUGCUGAGACGAUUUAAUUCACUAUAGGCAGAACAUUUAUUUACGCUCCCAGAUUAUUUUCACAGGUUUGAAUAGUGGUCACAAAAUCUGACAUGGGACAGGCAGAAAAAUUUGGUGUAACUCAAAUGGUUUACCUCUUUACAUGAUAAUAUAAAUAUAUGUGAACAAAGCACACAACUAUAUUGCCUGAGUCAAAAUUUAGAUACUCAAAUAUUACUCCAACACAAGAGAAAGCUGUAGUGCAGGAGAACCUGCUUUAAAAAAAUACAGAAGUACUCAAACUAUUUUUCAGAUACAGAGGAAACGUUUUAACAGUCUGAAUUAUUCUUCAUUUUAGAAACCACAAUCAUGGGCUUUGGAAGUCAUGGGUGCUCAGGUCAUAACCGUCAUCUUUUCUAUCCCAUACCAAUCAUAACCAACAUGAAAUAAACUGUUCAAUCUGAGUGACAUUUUCAUAUGAUGCAGGUACAGCAACACCAUUUAGACACACCACACACAGAACCACACAAACACUGCUAAUUGUUUUUGAAAGAAAGAAAAUUCACCUGCUGACUUCAGAGCAAAGAAUUCAUAGAAGUGUAGAGUAGUCUAAGUUAAAGUAUUGGUCUUUUAAAUGUAGUGGAGUGAAAGCAAGUUUUCCCUGAAAGCAACCCUCAAGUAAAGUACAGAUACUCCAAAAAUGUACUUGUGUACUUCUCAAAUUAAGGUCCACCACUCUUUGCAGCAGGCCUUUGUUUGUCCUGACUCUUAUAGUGUACACUGUAAGAGAAGAAAAUGAAAGAUGGGAUGUCAUCUGUGAUGUAAUUUCAGGUAUAAGGAGCAGGUGUGGACUGUAAUAACAUCCAUAGCAAUCCUGUAUACCAGAGAAUCAGCGACUGGAGGGGUUAUUUGAUUCGAGAGCCAUUUCCCAUUUCUCUGAUGAAAUAUGCCAUCUGUAGCCUCGUGUUUCUCCUUCCAUCCAUCAACUGAUUAUUGUGCAUGCCAGAGUCAACAGAAGGUAUUCCUCAGGGCAGCGUACUUGUCACCAUAUUUCUUGCUUGCACAGCUAUUAAACAUGCUGGUGCUGUUGCUGUCACUGUGAGGGAGUCUGACUUAGCUGCUCAUGUGCACACCAAAUCCUCCUUGUUACUUCUUAGAAAUAUGAAAGAGAAAAGUCAUUAUGUUUUAAUCCCUGGACUCAUUCAUCAGGUUUGUUUUCAGUGUUUUGUUUACACUUUUUUUUUUUUUUUUUUUUGGGUGAAGAGUCACAUGUCCCGCAAUCUGUUGAUUUUCCAUGAUGGGUAAGACAAAGCAGCACAUAAAAAGAACAGAGGGCUUUUCAUGCCAAGCCUAUGGGGUAAUGAUAUAUUUAGUAAGAUUUUGAUGCCAGCUUAUUAUUGCCACCUGCCAUCUGUGUUGUAUUGGAAGAUGCCUCAGAGGGGGAUUUUGGACUACAUUUGGUGACAGGGUCUUGGCUGUGAAGAAUGCAGCGUGAUUGUGAUAUAUUAUGUGCUGUAAUGAUCUGUAAAACAUAAAUGCUUUUCUUACAAAGAUUAUAUUCUACCCCUACAUUUCAAUCAUGACUUUUCAAACGUGGGGUGAUUAGUUUGCUUUCAACUCCAUCACUUUAAUGUAAAGUCAACUGUGGCUGAUGCAAACCUGCAAUCAACAGGCAAAGAUUAUGAUUUUAAGUUUCAUCUGUAAUUCCUGCAAACAUUUAUGGUUGUGGUAUUGUCUCUCUCUCUCGCCCUAAAAAAUUUAAUAAAAGUGCCAGAUGAUUCUUUAACUGAGCUAAAGCACACAGAUGUGCCCAACAAGGAAGCCCAAGUAAGCAUAGCCCCUCUAAUCUGAUUGCCUAUUCCGAGUGCAUUCCCAAAUUCCUCACGGCUGCCCCAUUUACACAUGCACUGCUCUCCUGAAAAAUUCCCAACAUUACCCAGGGGAAGAGCAUGUUAAAGAUGACAGACCAAGUUUUCACCCUUUUGCAACUUUUUCUUGUACAGGCUGUGCAGAUGUCUGAACACAGAAGGUGACAUGGUGGAAAGAAAGUAGUCCGGGAGUUUAUUAUCAACCUUUAUCCUUUCAUAUGAGAGUGAGACUAAGGGUUAUGUCUAGGCAACCUUGGUCUUUUCUAACUUUUUGAACCAGAAUGACACAAAAAACAUGACUAGCUGUUUCUCUCAUUACUUAUUGAUUAAGUUAUAACUAUGUACCUGUUGUUUGGUUAAUACUGGAAAUUUGUGGUCUUUCACAUAAUCCAUCCUUGUGUUUUUGCUAAUGAUGCGGCAUUUUGUUGCAGUCCAAACUAAGAUAAAGCAGAAUUACAUUGCCAGCAUCCAGCAGCAUAAAACUUUUAAGACAACAGUACUCCUUAAUUAAUGCAUUCAACAUCAGGCUUAACUAGUUGAUUUUAACAUAAGUCCUGCCUCAGCGGCAGAUGCCAGAUGUACACCCACAAAUUUAAGUUUAUAGCUGGUUUAGGUUAGGGAUGCACAGAUCCAGUCCUGAUACUGACCAGAAAAACUAGAUCAGAUAUCAGUGACAAAGGGCUGAUCCAGGAGGCUGAUCCUUAGGCCAGACCUUUUAAACUCAGGUCUAUGCUCUUCUGUGUUUACAACAGCCAUAUCCAUGCACUAUGUCAUCACCACCAGUCCUCUACAUUUUGCCUGAUAGAGCCAAUGUUGCAUGGAGGCAGCUAACUAAAGAGGUUUGGAGAUUUGCUUGGUUCAUCAUCAAUAAUGAUGUUUACUGGCAGUAUGCAGAGCUCAUGUUUGGAGUGAUGGCGGUGGCAUAGCUUUAGUAAACAGAAGCUGAAACAAAGCAGUUAAUGUUGCCUGCUGUAGGCGACGCAAAGAUGCCAGAAACUUCCCAGUAAUAUUUUGAAAGUGUGGAAAAUAACAGAGGAGAUUAGUGGACAAACUGUUCUGGAUGAAAAGACAGUCGAACAGUUUGACUUUUUUCCCUCUUUUCUGUAAUAGUAAGAUCAACAUCUUUUAUCAAUGAUUUCAGUGUUACUCAUCACUUUUUGCCUCUGUGUCUGAUAACAUGCAGAGAAAGUGAUCCUACAGUACAUCCCCUCUGUUGAGAUACCAGUAUGUUUUUGCCAUUUCAGAUCGCACUGUUUUUGUUUACUUCUCCACUCUAUUUUGAUUUUUUUCAAUGAAAGAAGCACAUUUUUGAUUUCUACAUGCCCUCCAGUGCCUACAUCAAUAUCCCAGUUGGACCACCACAGUCAAAUAGACUGAAUGUGCCCUAACUGAAGCAGCAGAAGUCAACAUAAUCCAGGCAGAAGAAUACUUAAACAGCUUUAAGUCUUACUCUUACUGUCACUUGUGUAUUUCAUUGGAGAAUUAUCCCUUGCCACAGCUCAUAGGCUUCAGCUUAGAAGUCUCUUGUAGAAUUAUUCAGGUAAUAGAUGCAAAGGGCCUGCAUAGACAUAAAAUCCCCAUUUGUUCAAUGAAACUGGGCAUAACUGCCUGGUGAAAGGCAGUUAGCUCUGGUGGAGCAUUGUACAGAAUUUGACUUCACGUCACAAAAUGAAAGGUCCACAUUUUCUUACAGCAGCCAGCUGGCUCUUUCUGGAACACAUAACAAAGGUAAGUGCAGUAAAUGCCUCCUCAGCAUCUCCCAGAAAACUAUCACAAUAAUUUGCUGUGCACCUUGUAAAUUUGAGAAAAGGGCAGGCGUGUUCCCCCAACAGCGCUAAAAAGGUACACUAAAGGUAAAGUGACAGACAGGUACUUGUAGAGGCAGUCCCACUAAGAAAUGUUCCUGUGUUUAUUUCACCACUGCCAUCACAACAAGACAACAGCACAUACACACGCACACUGGCAUUCAGAGAGAAUUAUGAAGGAAAGGCAUUGCAAAAGCAACAAUUUAUCUCAAUGGGAUUUAUUUUUAUGUGCACUUCAGUCUAAAGAAAGAGUCUGAAAGGAUACACAAAGAAAAUAGACAUGCUCCUGAGUCCAUUCAUGCUUGUUGAGAUUGGUUGUUCACUUUGCAUUCUUGAAACCAUCGCUGCGCAGUGUUAACAGCAGGUUGAAUCUACUUUUUCUCCUCAAACAUUCUGUAUGUGCAUGCACUUAUUUUUGACUGUCCCAUUCCCAUGCCUGCACACUCAGUGCUAUUUAUAACCCGACUCUCUUCGAAUGGGAUAUGAGCUUUGCCUGAAUGACUACUAAAGUGCUGCUAGGCUCACAUGCUCCUGGGAAUGAGCAAAAGCAGCCCUCAAGUAAUGGGUGCAAUAUUUCUCCAAAAGCAGGGAAAGAACUGCUGACCUGUACUCAUGCUACAGUGCUUUUGGUCAAAUGUGAACACACUGAGAGUCAGAAGGCCAAAUAUUUUGGCUGUCUCCAGCAGUUCACGUCACAGUUGAGAUGUUUUAUACCUCAAAGAGUUUUCUGUGAUGGAAAAAAAUAGCACUACAUAACAGAAGACCACAACAUGUGAGGGGUUUGUAAUAGCCUUUUCAUCAUGUUUGGGCUAUCAGUUAUCUUGUCAACAGCCUCAUACUGCCCUCUUGUGGCUUGCAAACCCUACAACAACAUUAAAGAGACCCUCCACAUCCUGAGAAAAUGAGACAUCUAAUGUGUAUGUCCUAGAUUAAAAUUAGUGUGAGAACAUUGUUAAAAGUAGGAUUCAAUCUUGAGAUCAUGUUGCAUAAAGUGUCAUUUAAUAACUGCUGUUCCUUUAGAACCAUAUUUUAUCUAAUUUACAUCAAAAAUUGUAUUCGUUCCCCUUAACAUGCAGUGGUGUAAUGCUGCUCAUAUUGCAUGUUCCUAUUUGCAGUAGCUUUCAUACAUGUGUCCCUGAGGUUUCUGCUGCCUCUGCCUCACAUUAACCGUGGUGUCAGGAGUUAUAUUUAUAGUGCACAAAGCAUUAAAUGAAAAACACAGUUGUAAUAACUCAAACACAUGACUUGGCUAAAAUUUCAACUUGCAAAAAAAAUGAAAUACACUGACUCAGCCUCAAGUCUCAGGUUGCCAGUGAGUAAGUUUAGUCUUUACAGAAUUUUUACCACUGUAGUUUGAUAACAAAACUGCUUUCAGCCAAGACAGGUCAUGAAUUUUUACAGCAGCCAGUGUCAGCUUGCUUUUAUAGUGUUGUCUUUUGUGUUGCUCUUACUGAUAAACCCGGGGUAUUGAUUGAUUGAUUGAUUGAUACAUUUACUGUGUAGAGCUCAUAAAGAUGCUGUUAGUUUGAGCAUGAGUAUUAAACCACAGCCUCACCAGUACAUCAUGUGAACAAUGGCACAGUCGCUCCAGUUCAUGCAGGUCAGAAUCUCUGUGGAUCCAUAAUAUAAAAAUAUUUUGCACCUAUUACUUGGUAAGUGUGCUUUCCCCGAGGCCCUAACAGGCUUAUUCAGCUAUGCUCUCUCCAAUAAAGUCUUUGACACUGAAGUAAUCUGCACACUUUGCUGUGAGGAGUUUUCAUCAGGAAUAGUUCCCUACAGAGGAAGAGGACUGUCUAUACUGUAACAUGUGAAUGAAAGACAUACUGGUGUGGAGAUCUUGAAGAACCACGAUUGAAAAUCUUUCUUACUGGACUGGUGGCAGAGAAAUGAAGUGAAAGAUGUAUGAAAGUCUAACUCCAUCAAUCUUUAAAUACAUGCCUGACAAAACAGACUGUUUAACAUUUUAGGAAGUCCUUACUUAGGAUGUCAUGGUCUGUCCAUAUACCUGUAAUGCAACCCAUCACCACUAGAUGUCCUCAUCCUCAAAUAUUACUACACUUAGUAAAGUUGAUUAUUUGGGAGCAGAUCAAAUCUCCAGAAGUAGAGUAAGAGUUAUGAGCCUUGAGCUAAAAUCAUCUGCAGAGAUCAUACUUUUCUUCAUCUGUGUCUCUCUUUCUCCAUCUUCACUCCUCAUCCUCUCUGACAUGUGAUGAGUAACAGAGAGGGGCCAAAGACAAAGGCGCCUGUACCAGAAAACUGAGGAGCAUUGGUUCAUCUAAAUGACAAAGGCGCCUCAAUCAGCUGAGUGCGUCAGUAAACCACAGACCCUCUGUUGCUAUGGAGGUGGAGGGACAGGAUGUUACACCAUUUACAGCUUUGAUGUUGGGUGUUAGAGUACUGUUGUAGGAUGAUACUGAGUUUGGAUGCCAUGAUGUUUGAUUAUUGAGGAAACAUUCUUUCAUUUAAAAUGUUUUCUGACAAAAAAAAUGCAUUCAGCUGUUUUUAAGUCUUCAGAACUUUUCACUUCCUAAGGCUGUACUGUGGGAAUUGUAAACAAAGGCUAUCAAAGCAGCAUGCUGGUAAUCACUUUGACACCCACCCCACAGCAGCGGUUUCACUCAUUAGAAAUUAUCAUGAAGGAAAAUCUAUCUGAGCUUAUGGCCUGAUUUGCACUGUAAAUCAAAACUUCAUACAGCUUCUCUAGUUCAAAAACAGCUUAAAAACAAAAAACCUCACAGGAGCUUUAAGUUGAGUAAAAUUCAAAUGCACAUAUAAUAGCACAUUUAAAAACCAUCCUCAAGUGAACCAAAGUGCCGUUCAAGCCUAAAAGCAUACAAUCAAAAAGCAAAUAUGGGUUCAAAAGACACUAAACCACAAUAACUAAUGACAGACACAACAAAAGUUAACACUGGAUCGCCGGCGCCCCCACGUGACACCAUCAGUAUAGUUCACAAUAUCUCAGGAACUAAACUGUGUUUCUCUAUGGAGUAUAAAUGUGUUCGAAAACUUACCCUUUUGCCAAUCUAUUGAGGGUUUCCAGGCAUUUCUAAACCUGACACAUGGUUAACAAUCCAGCGGCAAAAACAGGUGUUUGAUCUGAGACUUUUGACUGUAAUUUUAUUGUUGUGAUAAAAAAAAAUUACUAUCACUCAAUCAUCACUUAUGGACUUAGUUUUUUUGGUUGACUUUUAUGGUGCUAAAUCUACUUUUACUUUCACUUUACAUAAUCUUAGCACUCUUUAAAAAACGAACAACUGAGGUCGUCUUUAAAAAUAAAUAUGUGUAUAUAUUUGUUAUGCUUGAAAGUAUAGAGCUGCUACACAGAUUUUUCAAAAAAAAUAAAAAAUAAAUAAAUCAGCCAGACCAAAAAUAUCAAAAUAUAGCCUGGAGUUCUAAGGGUUAAGUAGAAAAGCAGAAAUGGAAGUUAAAAUGACUUUUUAAAGCCAUAAGUUGUGGUACUGUUAAAGUUUAGUGUUACAGAGCUACAUGCAGGUUCUGGUAUUGGAUGUGCUUCAUAGUUUUGGUCUUUUUAACUGUUAACUGUCACUGUCAAGUAAAUUUGAUGAAUAGCUUUGAAAUUGUGACAUAUUAACCUCGAUCCUAACAUGAAAACAAAGAAAGGAUGAAUAGCUUUUAAUCCUUAGAGCCCUUUAAAUUGAACCGAGGCCUCCCGCAGUGCCCCAGCUCCAGGUUUUCUCUUAAUCUGAUAGUGAUUAGCAUCCUGCACUCUGCUGACUGGACCGUUUCUCUCUUCCCUCUCUCUCUGUCUAGCUGUUGGCUCCACUCAUCAGCAGAGCUAUUUUUAAGUUUAACCCUCAUUGCCUCAGGGGGAUCCAUACCCCUCCUUCCCCCCAGGCUCAUCCCCUACUUACACCUGACCACACAUUUGCUUCAGUCUUGCUUGCAUCACACACUUAAUGCGCCAACAUUUUAAUCAAGCCUCGACCUCCUUACGUCACUUAAUGCAUUUGCAUUAGUGUUGCACCUCUUCAGUCCCACUGGAGGAUGAUGGAAGUGUGCUCAGACAGAGGCACUGUCCCGAGAAGAGUAACAGAGUGUUGCCUUUUCAAAGCAUCUCCCCAGUAUUGAAUUCUGCAUUCAAACAAACAUAUUAGCGUGGUGUUACUGGAACGUGGCCCUCCAUUUUUCCAUUGCAACCAACAGCCAAACAAUCACUGUGCUGACGCUCUCUUCCUGAAGAAUGCUCAGAGAAGAGCUCUGAUCUGCUAUGCCGUCUGUAUGCGUGCCAGAACCUUGGCUGAUGAGCCCUGGAGAGUAGAGACAACAAUGAGGUAGGGGGGGGCUCAGAGUGAGAAUGAUAUAAUGACAGAGAUGCUAGAGGAAACAGGACUGCAACAAAGCACAACUGUAGGUUUAUCAAGAGCUGUAAAGAGAAAAUUCAGAGCCACAUUGUGUGUUUACUUCCCCUGUGUUCUCUGACUAAGUUUGUCGUGCAUGUUGUGUUCCUGGCUUGGCUCGUAUUGAUCUUACAGUGGGAGGAUAAGCAUAGCAAAGCACAGGUUAUAUUAAGAUUAUAUUACAGGCUGCAUGGCCUUGUGCGUCUGACUGCAUACACUCAACACUGCUGUGCUGUUUAUAUAAAGGCUCAAACAAUAUUUUAUUCCAUUAAUUCCUCACAAAGACAAACCACAAGUGGAGAUAGGAUGGCCGGAGAUGGAAACUCCUGACUCACGUGGCCCAGGCUGACCCACCUCCGCUCCUCAUUGGCUGCUGAUGAGAGGGUUUCCCUUUGACUGUGCAACAGUGAUGGAAAAAAAAACCCAAAAUCUUAUUAAAGCAGUAUCAUCACGAUGUUAAUAUUUCAUGUGAAACACUCCAUUGAGUGUAAAGGCCCUGCUCAGAGAUGGAUACUAUGAAAGGAUGAUGCAGUACCAACAUAAAGUAUUUACAGUAAGAGUGGGGGGUUAAUAUGAUAAAGAAAAAAACAUGUCUGGGCAGAACCCUGCAGGUCUGUCUGCAUUAGCUGAUGAGCCUUUUCAUUCAUGUUUACAACAGGGUGUCCAUCAGCUAACUAGCAAUGUACCAUCACCGUCAUGUGGGUGAAAAGAGCCCCUGACAUUUAUAACUGGUCUUACUUAGACAUAAUAAUAUGCUCAAACACACUCUCUGAACUCAUGGGCUAAACUCUUCAUGACAGCAGUUAAGAAAGGAUUUAUUGUGACUAAAGAUGUCACGAUACCAGUGUUUUAAACUAUAUUACAAUACCAGUGAAAUGUAGGAAGUUUUAAAAGUACACUUCAGUCUCUGGAUACUGUUAACCAUGGUGCCUUGAGGUUCAUUACAAAUCCAAAGGCCCUGACCCACCGCUGCUGUCUGUAUGCUCGAGUUGGCUGGCCUGCAUUGUCUACCCAUAAUCUAAAUCACAGAUAUAUCCCUAUUUAUAACAUGAUUUUUAACAUGCUUCCCUCUUAUUAAAUAAUUUCAGUAAUAUAAAAAUGCUGGAAGCUACAGACUGCGCUCUGUGACCCCAUCACAAGACUUUAUUUUUGCUUUCUGCCCCCAGAGUGUGUGUUGAAAUAGGGAAAAAAAUGCAUUUUAGGUACACUGCUCAUAAAGUCUGGAAUUUACUGCAAGAAAAAUUGUGUCUAAGAGAGCUGGUCCCUCUUCAGUUUUUUCCAAAGUAGAUUAAAAGUGUUGGAGGAAGAUGCUUCGACUGAUAACUGUCUGCUGAGUGAUUCAAGAUAAGUUGAUAUUUUUUCAAACUAUGUGUUGUCUUUCUGUAAUUUUGUUGGCGCAGGCUGCUGCUACUCUUGGCCUAGACUUUAAAAAGAGAUUUUGAAGCUCAGUGAGGCUUUUCUGGUGAAAUAAGUUUGAAUGAACAAACAAAAAAUGCAUUGGGAUUUGUAUUCAGUUUAUAGCUGCAAAUAUUAGAUGUUCAAGUCAAAAGUAUAUUUAUUUUAAGGUGUUUUGAGCUGGUUUGUACUGGUUGGCCUUCUUGCAGAAAGUCUAUAGUUGUGUCUCUCUAAUGGCUCAAUUAAUAAAUGUUGCAGCAGUGAAAGCAAUAAACAGGGCUCUAUAAAUGAUCUGACACUCAAGGAGUACUGAAGAGCAGGAAAUGGGCCAAGAAGAGAGAAAGUCAUCGGAAGCCAGAGGACAAGAGUAGAUAGAGAGAAAGACAGAGACAGGGAUGGAUGGAGUGAGAGGAUCCUGGUCAGGUAGACAGGAGAUGGGAGAGGAGGACAGGAAAGAGGAGGGGGGAGAAGCUAACACAGCAUAAUUAGCCUGGGCUGCUUGGUUACCUUCCAAACAAAGCUGCUGAUUUGUGGAGCAAAAGAAGAGGAGGGGAGAGGCGAGAGAGACAGAUAGGAGAGAAGAGGAGGAGGGAGGAUGGAGAGAGAGAGAGAGAUGAGGGGAGUGAUUGCACCAUGCCACACACACUUGAAGCUCAGUCUCCCUUGGAGACAGUGGCAGCCCCAGAUCACGGCAUAACAGUGCAACAGUAGGGACUCCACUUCAGCGCACUUUUACUGAGAUAUCUCCACUGAGCUGUGUCACCAUCCAGGCAGACAGACGGAGGGAGCGUCAGACAGAGCAGAGCGCGGGGCAGGACAGAGACGGAGCUGGAGUGCUGGGACGAGGACUAAAGAGUUGACAGAGAUCUGGGAGAGGAAGGAGGAGGAGGAGGAGGCGGGCGAUCAAGAGUGUUAAGAAGAAGCGGAGGAGUCAGGAGUCUGAGGAUGGACAGAGUGAGCAGGAGGAGCUGCUGAGCGUGCAGCCCGGGCACUCUUACACACUCACACACACACUGACACACACACACCUCCCAGGGAAGGACAGUGUGUUGUAGCACCCAGUGGAGGAUGAAGAAGCACUCAGCCCGAGUAGCUCCUCUCAGCUCCUACAGCACUCAGGUCCUGACCUGCCCCAUCUCUGAAGGUAAACUGAAGGAAACAGAGAGGCCCAUUUAAACUGAGAAAUAUAUGUGAGUGAGUUUGUUUGAUGUGUUAGCAUGAGCUCAGUCUUUGGCAGCAUUAGCUCAGAUUGGCUGCUUACAUCUAGGCAGUGCUUUUAUCUAUUUAUGGGACAGCUUUUAUAGGGGGUGAUGUGUUAUUCCCUAUGAUGCUCAAGUUUCAAAAGGAGAAAAUUCUGAUACAGCUUGGUAGAAUCAACUCCUAAUUGAGCUUACUCUACCAGGACUUUCUUGACAGUUUUUCCCUGCUUCGUGUGAAAAAAGAAAAGAUGGCUGUCAGAGCUCAGGUAAUUGUGUGUCAACAGAGGGUGCAGUUGUAGUAGUAGCGUAUUUUUGUGGCAGCACCUCAAGACCAAAAAGUGAAAAGAAGUUCAGUUUCCUGCUAUUUGUUCAUCUCUUCAGCAUUCUACCAAGCUAAAAGCUAAACUUUACCUAAACUCCUCUGUCAGCAUUAACAUGACCAUGUUGUGUUAUCCAGAUUACAUUUCAUAGAGACUUACAGCUCAUUGGCAUAUGGAAAGCGUUCCUGACAUUGCAGACGUGACUGUGAGCCUCAUAUCGGAUCCAGCAGGCGUCUAUUCAUCAAUGUCACUGCAUGCAACGUCAUUGACGAGGAUAAAACACAGGAUGGAUUGAAAUGAGGGAGUCUGAGCAGCAAAGUGCGUCACACAGAGUGGAUAAGCUAUGAGUGGGUCCCAUAUAUCACUGUAAUUUCUCUAAUGAAUUGGCAUGAUACCAACACCUUCAAACUCUCCCCUUGUAAAGUGAUAGAACCACGUAGCAGGAGGGGAAAAAAGAGCAUGUUUCGCUUUAAAUGCACUCUCAAAUUUUAAACAUAUAUACCCAAUCUUACUUUUGUGAAUUCAUGUAUUAAUGGAGAGUAUAUAUAGCAAAUUGAGAAGCCAACUACUGAAUUAUAAUAGCUUGAAUAUAAUCAGUAAGUUCAGUUAAUAUUAGCUCGAUAAGUAGUUUUCCAAUAGGUCCAUAACUUCACUAUACUUCAAAAGGUAUCUUAAGUAUUUCACUGCAGUCCUGAGCUGACAGUCUGAGGGAUUUUUUUCAGGGAUUAUUGUUUUCUCUGCAACUUUUUAGCAGUAAUAUUUGUCAGCAAUAAUACUGUCUGUGAUGAGAAUACAAUCCUGGCCACGAGAGCUCCAUUUAUGAGACAGGGGAAUAGUAGAGUUAUAAUAUUACUGCAUCUUGGCACCAGAUCAGCCUGUAGUGGCUUUUACCUGAGGACAGAAAAACCCGUAUCCAACACCAAAAGCUUCAGGAUUUUGUCUGUGCUCUGAAACAUGAACCAUCCUGCUCGAAGGAUGAGGGGAGACUGCUUCUCUCCUGCAGAAAUUUCAGAUCUCAGUUUUCCAGUCAGCUUCCACCAGGCUCAUUAGGUUGAUUAAGAAUCCACGCUGUGACAGAACGUAAUUAGACCAAAUCCCUUGAUGAUCCUGUGGAAAAAGAAAGUGUAUUAGUGUUGAGCAGUUUGCUUUCAGCGCAAUAUGUAGUUCUGCUCCCAGCUGGGAUAUAGUGUAAGUUCAAAUAUUUUUUAUUUGAGGUUUUUUGAGAGUUUCUUGAAGCUGGAGUCCUAAUCUGAGCUAAAAAAAGAACUGAGUUUGAUCUAAUUUAUGAAGAAUUUUGUAGACUGCUAAACUGUGAGAGGUUUCACCUAAAAUGUGGAGGAUUUUUUCUGUAUUAGAGGGAAACUAUUCAGCAUUGGUGGAGAGAAGCUUAUUUCAUUUAUGCAAAUACUGAAAUGUUAUUGUUACAAGUUUGUUUCCAGUUAAAGCUCUUUUUCACACUGCUGCAGGAGUAUAUUUCUUACUUUAACUUCCGUUAUAUUAACCCAAAGGGAACCCCUAGGUAAAAAAACAACAGGCACUGAAAUAGAAAAUGAAAUCCAUCAGCACAAGGGUACAUCAAGUAGCAGCAGGAAGCUAAAAGUAAGUAAAACCUUUAUUAAACCUCCCAUUAAAAUCAAAAUUUAGACCCUUGUCAGUAAUGUCUCUGCUGCGUCAUCAUCAUAACCCAGUGUUUUGAUGGUGAUGAGUUAUAAAGGGAUUUUUCAUCAUGUUGGACUUUGAAUUCAGUAGUCUGUAUCUUCUGCCUGAGAGCAGGAGCUCAAAUUCACCAAAGAGAGGAUGUCAAGGACAUCAUAAGAUGUCUCAAGCCUUAGCUGUCGCCCUCUUACUGAAGGUGAAAACCACUCAUAUUAUAAAUAAGCUCUCUGUGUGUGAUUUUAAACUAUCUAGUAUUAAAUUCAUGUUGUACUGUACUUCUUCCUCUAACAUAUUUGGCAGUCUGACAAAGUUACUGGCCACUUUGAAGACAAUGACUUCACUUUUUAUGGACAGCUCAUGUUUUGGUUCUGACUGUCUGAGACCCAAAAGAGAAGAAUAUUCUUAAUAUUUUCCAAAAAAAAAUAACACACAUAUGUUAGUUUGUGCCACUAUAGCUCUUCUGUCUUCACCAUCUUCAAUCCCACAACAACCCCUCAGAUUUCUCAUGUCACUCUUUGGAGUCAGUUCGAGCUGCCAAAUUGUGUUUCAAGUCCUUCAAUAAGCUCCCAUAUGAACAUGAAAGAAGUGAAAUAAUACAAACCAGAAUUUAACAUCUGACUAAAUGAUAUAUGAAAACACCCGUGUUGGAGAGGCCUGUUUUCCACACGAGACCAUAUACGCAUGCAUCAAGCUAAUAAUACUUUUACUUUCACCAAGAGGAUGUCAAUUUUCACUUUAUUAAGAUGGUAAAUGCUAGGCCUUUGUUAGAGUGGGUAAUAUUUUACAUGGUGGUGUUGGUACUUUUACUGAAGCUGAAUACUGAUGUGUCUCUUAUCUGUGACUUUUAAGUCACCAGUCUUUCUCCUACAGACACCACUUAGCAUUAAUACUCUUACCUGCUGCCAAUAAUGAUCUCAUGCAUUCAUUAGACUUAUAAAGUAAGUUUGGCUGACUGUCGAGUUCAUUUCUUGAUGAAAGAAGUGGCCCUCCUGAAAAAAAGACACUCAUUAACUCACUUUGUUGGAUGAAGUUCGAUGGCAGAGACAGGGACAUCUUCAGAUAUUACAAAGUGGCAUUUCAACACUCUCAAUUGGCUGCCUCCUGAAAUAUCUUCUGCUGCAAAAACUCCUCACAUCAGGUUCAGUCUACCUUCUUUAAACAUAUUUCACUUCUAUUCCCAUUCUUUAACUCCCUGCUGGGGUCUCCUCACAGACAAACAAAAGACUUUAAGCUCAAAUGUAAUAAUGAACACCCCUGAGAUACUGUAAGGUAGGGGUACUCUAGAUACUACAGGGUUCAAGUGCUUUCAGAGCUCCAGUGUCGGUAGCUAUGGUGGAAACAGCAGAGCUUCACGUGCUGAGGUAGCAAACAUCCAGCAGCACAUGUCAUCUUUUAUUCCUGCCCUGGUGUAAAUUGAUCACACUGUUGAAAGUAAAAGAACCGAUCUGAGCUCUCUCCGGAAACACUCGCCCACACAGCACUUCACAUAUUACACAGCGCAGAACAGGUCCAGGGGCCUUUUACUACCGCAGUCCAUUAAGGCACAGGGCCAGAUCAACAAUGCACCACUGGCUGAAGAUUAAAAAACAAGUAUGUAUGAUUUACCUGUGGGUCAAUCUGUCUGUCCUUCAGCCUCUUAAUCUUGUAUUAAAGAGUUUGAUUAUCAAUCAGUUCCCAUACAGUUCUCAUUUUCAUGGUCCAGUCUUUCCCAAUGGCAGUGUUCUCAAAGCAGUAAUGAACCAACAGUGAAAACCGUUGCUGCCAAGGUUGACAUGACUUUCCAGUGGAAUGUCAUGUGGUUAGGUUUACUCUUGCUUUCUGAGGGUCAGGUUUCUGUGCACAACGGGUACUACAACGGGUGCUCAGUACAUGAUGCAUCAAGAGGUGACAAAGCAACUUCUGACACAUUUUUGACUAAGCCUCGCUUUGUGCAUUAUUGCUGACAGUUGAACAGUGAAAAAGUAAGGUGGUACUUAGCUGAGGACAUGUGGUCGUUAAAAGCUAAUGUGCCGAAACUAGACUAUAGAGACACGAGCUACAUCUAUAUGCUUUGAGAUGAAGUUCGGCCGCUACACGUAAUUUUGAAAAAUGGUUAAAUGCUAACUUUGACAUAGCAACUGAUCAUGCUGACCAUGCUAACAUGAUUAUUUGCUAAAGUUGAGCUGUUUAAAAUGUUGACAAUGUUUAUCAUCUUAAAUUAGAAAAGUAGCUUCCUCACUCCUCAUUAUAAUCUCAGUGACAGUACUUACAAGCUAACGUUAACCAGAUGGAGCCCAUGUCCAAAACUCUACUAUCAGACUAGUCAUGGUUUGUAGUCUAUGGUGUCUAAUGAGGUAGGUCUAAUUUGUAUGAUCUGUAUCCAUUGUACAUUCGAUUAUGAGAUUGACAUCGUAUAUGUGGUUCAUACUGAGAUGACUAUAACGCUGUGUAAGUGACGCUUACGCAUUAACAUUUGUAUAUUGUUGUUAAAUUUGUCUUUGUCUGACCUAUGCUGUCCAUUUUUCUCCCAUUAGGAGAGGAAGGUUCGGACUCUCAUGCAGAAACUCCAGGCAGCGAGACCAGCGAAGAGAGCCGAUCCUUUCAGACAUGUACCAACACAGCUCUGAAGGUGCUGGGUGGUCUGCUGAUGGUUCUGUGCAUCUCCUCCUCCUGGGUCGGCACCACUCAGGUGGUAAAGCUGACCUUCCAGUCUUUCUCCUGUCCCUUCUUCAUCUCCUGGUUCAGCAGCAACUGGAACAUGCUUUUCUUUCCUAUCUACUACGCUGGACAUGCAGUUAUCACACGGGAGAAGCAGACACCCAUACAGAAAUUCAGGUAAACAGACGACAAAAGUAUUUCACAGUCUACUACAAAUGGUGAAAAACUAAAUGAAGGAAAUAGAACAGACACACUAGAUUAUUGUCCUUUGGUGCCUUACUCUAUCAGCACAUCUGUUAUUUUAAUUAAAGUGGAAAUUACCAGGUGUUCCAGUUCAGUCCAACAUCAUAAAAAAGAAAAAUCCUGUUAAAUAGCAGUGUUUUGUGUUCCGCAAAAUAAGUCUAACCUUUUUUAUAGCAAGCUAAGGAAUAAUUUGAAUAAGCAGCACUUUUAGUGGCCCCUAGAGGCCCUGCUGCUCAUUACACUUGGCUCUAAUAGAUUAGAAUCACUCUAUUGCCAUGAGGAAUCAGGCAGCUAAGCAACCAGCAUUUCUGUUCCUACAUUUUUAUGAUCCUCUUGAUAGCAUAGCUGAAAGGCUUACCAAACACAGCCUUCUUUCCAAGGAGUACAUUAGAACAAUAUAACUUCCUUCAUUAUUCCGCCCUUCGUUUCUAUUCCUCCUGUUAGGGAGUGCAGCAAGCUUUUCGGGGAAGAUGGGAUGACACUUAAGCUUUUUGUAAAAAGAACAGCCCCCUUCUCGAUCCUGUGGACCCUGACCAACUACCUGUACCUCCUGGCCUUGAAGAAGCUGACCGCCACUGAUGUCUCCGCCCUCUACUGCUGUCACAAGGCUUUUGUCUUUCUCUUGUCCUGGAUCGUUCUCAAAGACCGCUUCAUGGGUGUCCGGGUCAGUGUGGAAAUAUCUGUAAUGAAAAAUAAACUUUGACAGGCUGAAUUUUUAGUCCUGAUGAUCUCAAAUCUCUAUCUGCAGAUUGUGGCAGCCAUUAUGGCCAUCACAGGUAUUGUUAUGAUGGCGUAUGCUGAUGGUUUCCAUGGGGAUUCCUUUGUGGGUGUGGCUUUGGCUGUGGGCUCAGCCUCCACAUCAGCUCUCUAUAAGGUAAAACUACUAAAACCUAUCUUGUAACUGUCUUCAUGAUGACCAUGCUUGAUUUUAUUGACUGAGUUUACAAUGUAAUCCUUAACCUCCAGGUGCUGUUUAAGAUGUUUCUGGGCAGUGCCAACUUCGGAGAAGUGGCUCACUUCCUCUCCACUAUGGGCUUCUUUAACCUCAUCUUCAUCUCCUGUGUGCCCCUCAUCCUUUACUUCACCAAGGUGGAGCACUGGGGCUCACUGUCUUCACUGCCCUGGGGAUACCUGUGUGGACUGGCAGGACUGUGGCUGGGUGAGAACAAAAAAAACAUCCCUGAUGAAAAGAAACAAAACAUUUUGACUUGGAGGCGGGGCUUCUAUGUGAUCAUUGUGGGUCUUUUAUUGUGAAAAAGUUACUGACAUGAAAAUUUAGUAGGGCGAGGUUGAUGAAUUGUCUGUGAAAAGUAAAAAAUAGAUUACUUUCAUUACUGAUAAAUCUGAGUUAAGCAAUUUUUAUAGACCAGUGGUAGUCCCACCUUGAGGACCCACGCAUAAAAAAGUGAUAAACAUCAUUUUUAAAGCUCCUGGAGGAUCAAAGUGACAAAAAAAGGUCACCCUGUUCUAUACUAACAGUCAAAUACGUCACCCAUUGAUCAUUUGUGAUGUGUAAUGAGUGAAAAAAACUGAUUCUGCAACAUGUCAACAUGGCUGGGUCUAUGUCUGACACUAACCCCCUUGCCAGUGUUUUCAGACAUUAAAAGUAACCAUAUAGAGAUGGCCAGUCUGUUUGUAAAUUGUCUAUUUUUGCUUUUUUUAGAUCAUUAAAAGACAUCAGUAUUAAUUCAAGUCUUUUUCAUUACAAGCUAAAAACUCUUCACAGGAGCUUUAAUUUUCUCACAAAGAUAUAUAAAGGAAAAAUUUUGUUUUUUUUACACUGUCUAAUGGUGUUUUAUAAACAACCAGUGUGUAUCCCAAUGAGAAAAUAGCAAUUGUUUUAUCAGGAUAUAAGUUGAUGUGUUAAAAUCAAAUUUUGACAUCCUCUUGGUAGGUGAAUGUCAAUGAAACAUUUCAUAGCAGUCUAUUCACAAGUAGUAGAGCUACAUAAAUAGCUGUUUGCCUUUUCUUGACAUUAAAGCAUUCCUACAUUCUUUAUCAUUUAUCAUGAUAAGUCUGGAAACAGAUUGUCCAACCAGCAGGUGUAAUAGUUGCAUCUUAAUCCUUGUUAGUGACUGCGCCCAUUUAAAGUAUGUCCACUAAUAUUUGUUGUUGUGGCAGUGACAUGCUCCUGUUGAUACUUGUAGGGUCUAAUGAAGCGAAUGUUUCCUUUAAAAAAUAAAUAGUUGAACCAGAAACCAAAGUCUUGUUCUAAAAUCUUGUGAAAUUGGAGUUGUUGCAGGACAACAGUGGUGGGAAGAGACAUGUGUUUUGUUAGAGUUCAAAAAAACAAAGAGUAGUUUGGCAGACACUCAGAAUAACUCAGUGAGCCUGUCAGCUGGGAGUAGGAGCACUUUUUAUGGACUAACUCUGCACAAAAGAGACAAAAUAUUCUUUCAACCAGACCUGUUGUUGGUGUCCUUUGACUUUCUGUAGGCUUUUUCAUGUGCUUCUCUGGCACUGCUGCUAAGCUUGCUCAUCUCUGCUUCUCUGAAUACCACAUAUUUUCCUGAAGUGAAUUGAUGUUUUAGCCUUAAUGGAGAUGAGGCAGCGAGUUUCUGUUUUUUUGUUCCCCAUCUGUUUGAAUUUCUUUCAUAUGCUGCCAGAUUUUUGUUGUCUUGCCAUUCAAUUUGACAUCAUCAAUCUCCAAAUUAGGGAUUCUUCUUACUGACAAGGCAUCUCCUCUUCCUCUUGGCUACAACCGAGGACAUCGGUUGGAUGAAAGUCCUUGAGUGUAGCCCAGGACACAUUUGCAUAGACUCUUCAAAAUGAAUGUGGACGGCUAAAUCUGUAUGUGAAGUACAUCUCAAAGCAUCCUCAAUAUGCCCUGUGUGCUGAUCUCUGUCUAAGGAUGUCCACUGGUGAUCCAGACGCCUACAAAAUGUGAACAGUGUCUCAGUGGACCUUCUUUGAUGAGCAGCAGUGAUCUGUUUGCUUUAAGUUUCAGCAAAAAAAAAUCACUGUUUCAUUUAUUCCUAUUUUUUUUAACUGUGUUGAUGUCUUUACAGUGUUCAACAUCUUGGUCCAUGUUGGUGUGGUGCUGACAUACCCCAUCCUCAUCUCUAUAGGGACGCUGCUCAGUGUGCCAGGCAAUGCAGGUAGGGUUUUUAUAUGAUACAAGUUUGACCUCCAUUACUAUUAUUUUAUGAAAGUGAGUGUGUUUGUGAAAAAGAGAGUAAAAAAGCCGAACACACUGCGGUUUUGUAUUGAGAGGUCAGCACUUCAGGUCCCUGUAGCAAACAGAUUACACUGCAAGUCUGCCGCUCUCAUCCUGGAAACCCAAUCAUCAAUGUGCCCAAACUAUUCUCUCGCUAAGGGAGGAUCAGGUUGCCAAGGCAACACUAAAUGCCUGCAGACGAGUUCUUUUCUUUAACCGCCAUGGACUGUAUGAAGGUCAGUGGGUUACCGCAACUUGUCCCUUGGCUGGAGACUGUAAAGACCCUAAGGAUUAAGCAGAUCUCAAGUGCGGAUUUUAAGCCGUAUUUGAGUGACUCAUCCUCUUCAGCCCCAGUGCCCUGUGGUUUAUCUCACUUUCUGUAAUUAAUCUCACUUUGUUUUUGUUUGCACCUCACUUUCUCUCUCCAUCCUGCUCCCUCUUUUGUUCCCUUCUUUCUCUUACCUGUUGUAGCCGUAGAUGUUUUGAAACAUGAAGUGAUCUUCAGCGUGGUGCGCCUGGCAGCCACCUGCAUCAUCUGCCUGGGUUUCCUUCUUCUGCUGCUGCCAGAGGAGUGGGACUCGGUCACACUGCGGUUCCUAGCUACCAUCGCAGACAAGAAGUCAGAGGACCAUGGCGAGGAGCUCACAGAGUCCAGUGUCCACACUCGGAGCCGCAGCAGAGCCAACGGCACAGUCUCCAUCCCCUUGGCAUGACACUUUGUUAAAACUUUAUGAGGACCUUUCAACUCUGAUGCCCACGCAGGAGAUGUGGCAGGAUCUUCAGUCCACAAAAGGAGGCACGAAGAAAUGUCUGAACUUAAUUUAACUUUUCUCUAGAGAUGCAUCUCUGUCUCUGCCACUUCACUGCAGGAGGGGAAGCUAAGAACUUUUCUGGACUUUGCAAACCGAAAGGGUGGAAAGUGUUAUUUACUUUCUUAAAAUACUUGCCACGCGCAGUCCUGUUCCUCGCACGCACCUGAACCUAGAGCUGACUGACCUCCCCUGACCUGCUCUGCAGACUGUAUUCUGUGAAUAUAAACUUUGGCAGGGCCACUUUGGCUCAAUCUUAUAAGUAUUUAUGAUAUUUAUUUAGAACUGUAUCAAUAAGAGUAUCAAUUUUAAGUCUUAUUGAAUAGUAUUAUAUACAAGGAUGGCAAAUAUACUAUGCGUUAUGUACAGGAUCUUUUGGUUUUAUAAUAAAAAGACUUAAAACUGACA